AUGCCUGCUCGCUACCAGGAUGCGCGCCUCUCCCCGCGAAACGACGAAAACACCACUAAGGGCACUGCGCUCGCAUCCAUUAUCGGCAUCUCUCUUAGUGUCGUCGUGGUUUUAGGCCUAUUGGCUGUGGUCUACAUAGCUGUCUCUAGAUUCUACCGCCGCAAGACUAAAGCAACUCGACGCGCCCAAGAAGAAGGGACCCUGAGGGGUCUCGUGCGCGCUUUUGAUCAGUCUCGUAGUGGGCAAGAUCGUUCAACGUACCCAUAUCACCACGUUGAAGGCGGGAAGCACAACACUCAGCAGUCCGGAACCGCGCCGUUAUUGGGGGACGAAAUUCAAAGUUUAUCUGGCCAUGAGAGUCGAGACGCAGUGCGGAAUAGUGUUGUUUCUACGCAAGAAUACAAUAAAGAAGCAUUCCUCCCGCUCAGCUCUUCGAAUGAAACCCAGCCGAGUACAAGACCCGACCGCGCUUUCUUCAACCUACCGACACCGCUCUCUGCCGUGGGCUCUACUUUCACAUUUGCAGGUGCUCGGGAAGCAAUGGGCGCGCUACCACCCAUCGAUACGACCUCGCCCCUUACAACAGCGCCCCUUUCGGCGGCCACAGCUUCAACCGCGGGGCCUUUCUCAGCAUUCUUAGGACACGCUCCGCUGUCUGCGACAACUACACGCUCUGAUUGUACCUUCUCAGCCCUUGACCGCUUUCCGCCUCCACCAGUCCCCGCCCUGCCAGCCUGGUGCGCUGGUGGCGAUGAACUGAAAAAGCGCAAACAGGUGGAGGAGGAGGAAGAGGAAGAGGGCCAACUGGGGCGAACCGAUACAGUGGUUGUCGGGCAAAUGCUCAAAAUGCGGGCUAAGCGAGCCGAGGCCUGCCUUUCCAGAGGCUAUACCAAUAUAUCUGUGAUUGAGCGCUCGGACAGUAUCAAAAGCGUGGACAGUUCCCUUCAUUUGACGUCCACGAAACCCGCUCGUUCCAAUCGUCGCCUUACAUCGUUGAAGAUCCCCCAUUUUUUCGCGCCCUCCAGCAUCCACACCAUAUCUCCAACAAGCCUGAAAGAUGUAACUCCUCUGACCGACAAUCCGCCUUCACGAACGACAGUCCCCACGAUCGGAGGCCCGCGCCCUCUCCGAAAAGGCUCAAAGAUGCCCACUCUGCCGAUGGAAACCCUAAGCGAAGAUCCCAGUUCCUCGAAGUCGACGUCCUCGUUGACCGAGUCCUCUGGGCUAAGUUCUAUCCCUCUUCUCUUUUCCUCAACCACGGUCCCUGGGUUCACAGCUCUGAUGCCCAGACCAGAGUCGAACUGGCCUGACACCCCCGACACCUCGUCGGGCCAAGAAGAACAUCCACUCACAUUAGAGGACAAACCGAACUCAUUGACGCCCUUCAACCUGCCAGAGGCGUCAUUAACCACCGCUUUCCGUGAAAGCAUCCCUCUUUCUGCAGCAACUCUCGAUACUUAUGGGCCAGUAUCAGUAAUAUCUGAAUGGAGGGACUCACACGGAUCGCACCCUCCUCCUUCAUUCCCAGCUGCUACAUUUUCCUCUGCCCCCAUCUCAGGCGACUCGACCAAAUCCACCCCUCCGUUGAGAAUCAAUCCAGCGAAGCGUGGCCGUAGCAACAACCGAAGCAGCAGCGACAUUGGCCACGACACGGCCGCCGGAGAUGCUCGUUCUAAUGGGGCGACGCGCUCGAGGUCGCGGGAUUCAGCGACGAGUGAUAGCAGCAGUUGCCCGAAACUGCAUAUCCACACCGAAGUUGACCCAGUUGCAGUAACCAGGUCGCAAACCAAGCUGCGAUCCCGCCCGCCGUCCCUCGAGCGGCCGGCUGCCAGAGUUGUGGGAGCUCGGAUGCGGGGCGCAUCGACGUCUUCGGUUUCAUCGGAUUGCAGUGGGGCUGGGCAUCCGGCGCUAGGUCCCAAGGCGCGAGUUCAUGAUAUUGAACACGUACGACAAGUUCCAGGGAUGGAUGCUAUGCUAGGGAGGUAUCACCGUGUUGCAAGUAUGCAAGGAGUCGUGGAGCUGGGGCAGUGA